GGUCGUGAUCUAUCGAGUUUGCGACCGUCGUAUAUAUUUAGUUAUAUUUAUAAACUUAUUAAAAAAAAAUUAAUAUUAAAUUCGUGAGUAUACUUUUUUUUAAAUCAGCUAGGUAUGUGCCAAGGACUUGGUUAGUCGGGAGCUGUGCGUAAUAAGAAACAUGUUUCCGCUGUGGUGGGCGCUGCCGCUGCUGCUGGCGGCUGCGGGCGCGGACGAGGCCACCGAUCCUCAAGGCCUGCUGGAUACUGGUACAAUCUUGGAGAUCAACGAAGCGGAGUACUCGGUGUUUGUUUCGAAAUGGACGGAGUGCACUAUCAAUGCCGAAGAACACGACAGAGCUAUCCAAAGAUACAACACGCGAAUUGAAGAAGACUCUCUGGUGCACACGCCCCGGCUUGGACUUCAGAGACGUCAAGUGCAGUGCCGUAGGAAGGACGGACAGUUUGUUGAAUCCAUGUAUUGCGGUAACGCAAUAUCCCACAUCGGUACAACCCGCGUGUGCGUGAUGCGUGAGGACUGCUCGCUUGCCGAGUGGCUGCCGUGGCGGCCACGGGCAGACGGUGCGUUGGUCCGGACCAGAAGACUGCGGCGACUUGCACAAGGUGGUGGCAAAGAGUGCGAGGUGGUAGAAGAAGUACGUCCCGCAGCUCUGGAGGCCAGCGCGCACUGGACGCCCGGACCUUGGGGCCGGUGUCGUGUAGCUGUCGCACAGCCCGCUACCCCACCGCCCUCUGACGACGAUGAUGAUGCAGAAGACAGUGACGCACUAUACGAUGAGGACGAAGAGGCUGACGAGAUGGACCGCGCGGGGGCGGGCGACGCGAGCUGCGGGGGCGGAGUACAGCGACGUGACGUCAGUUGCGUGCGAGCGGACGGCAGGGCGCUGCAUCCCGCGCAAUGCGCGCACGCGCCCAUGCCCACGCUGGUACAGCCUUGCGAGGUACCAUGCCCCCGUGACUGUGAAGUAGGAGAGUGGGGGGAAUGGGGCGCGUGCCAACCUAUCGAUGGAUGUCCACUUUACCCCGUACAGGAACUGACUGCGACCGGAUAUAGCGUGCGUCGUCGUCGCGUGACGUCAGCGGAAUCUGGUGGCGGCGCUAACUGCCCGCCUCUGGAGGAGAAGCGGACGUGCACUAUGCCGCGCUGCGCCUCCUGGAAGGCGCUGCCGUGGGGGCCCUGUGUGCUGAGCCAGCCACACUCCACUUGCGGCCCGGGCAGACGCAUGCGUGAGCUUCAAUGUAUCGGCCAUGAUGGAAAAGAAGCGCAGCGCGCAUGGUGCAGCGGCAGCAGCGCACCGGCGCGCACAGAGCGAUGCCGCAUCGCGUGCCCCGGGGACUGCGUGGUGUCCGCUUGGUCAGCCUGGUCGCCUUGCACGGCGCCCUGCGCGGCCCCCGCACGGCCUAGGCCCACUAGGACACGCACACGACAGAUCAUUGCUCAUGCAUCGCCUAACGGCUGGCCAUGUCCAUCGGAGGACCAACUGAUCCAGAACGAAACAUGCAACAACCACGCUUGUGCCACAUACUCUUGGCUCGCAACGCCCUGGGGACCUUGUGAGAGACGUCACCAGGACUACAUUCCUGUUACCAACUACACUGAUUUACAGGAGGGUGAACCGUACAAUGAAAGUGAUGAAGAAGAACCGUGUGUGGAGGAAGGCCAGAUCACCAGGAACGUCAUGUGUGUCCAGAACAAUGCUGACGUUGUCCGCGAUUCCUUGUGUUUACCAUUACGUCGGCCUCAAUCCCGUCGUGCCUGCACGUUGAGAUGUCGUCGGGGCUGCAGGGUCGAAGCGUGGAUGCCGUGGUCGCCGUGCCCCAAUACUUGCGAACCAGGAAAGCAAGUCCGCGUCCGCAACGUGCACGGUGGUCCGAACUGCGGUGCGGUGCAGGAGGUGCGCGAUUGUCCCGUGCCGCCAUCGUGCCGCGCGCGUGAAGCGGCCUGGGUCGCCGGCGAGUGGAGCACUUGCCGACUGCCGCCUGGACAGAGAUGCGGCCUCGGAUAUCGGCUUAGAAGCAUCUGGUGCGGUUCUGACUCGCAUCGUGUGGAGGCGGGUGCAUGUGCCGGGCAGCUGGUGCCGCCAAGCGUAGCCGCCUGCAUUGUAACCUGUGACCGCAUGGUCCCACUUACCUGUGACGUCAUCUGCGAAGAUCCAUUAAAAUAUCUCGAUGCAUCUGACCCAGAUGUUCCGAUCUGUGUUUGCAAGACGGUCACUUUGGAACUGUUGCCCGCUGAUUCCGAUUGUAUUCUGCCUCCAGGAUUGGAGUGCGGAGAAGGAAGGGCCUUGAGAGCCGCCCGUUGCAUGGCCAAAGGCCGGGAUGUUCCUAUGGAUGUCUGUAAGAAAUAUCAUCCGCUUACUGGUCCGCGCCGUGUCCGUGAGGCGUCGACCGACGGGUUCGCAUACGACGAGGAGUUCCCAGCACUGGUGAGGGGCGCUUGCAGCGUGCGGUGCGCGCGCGACUGCGCCGCCGGGCCCUGGGCACCUUGGGGCGCUUGCUCCGCUGAGCCUGGCUCACGCGCCGCGUUCAGAUUCCGUACGAGAGAGGUUAUAGAGGAGGGAUCUGCCGGGGGUCGUGAGUGCGGCGCGACGCUGCAGCGCGCUACCUGCGUGCUGCCGGAGCCGGCGUGGCGCGUCGGCGAGUGGUCGGUGUGCGCGCCACAGCAGGCACUCUGCGGCCGCGCCAUCAUCAACAGAACCGUCCUUUGUCAAGACUCUAACGGCGUGAAGCUCGACGACUCUGAAUGCGUGGUGGGCGGCGCGGGCCAACCGGCAGCGCGCGAAGCGACCUGCCGUGCCCCCUGCCCUGCUGACUGCGUCGUCAGUGCCUGGUCCGAGUGGAGUCCUUGCGAACAGACGAAGUGGGGUGGUCGUCGCGACCGCACUCGCGUGGUGCUUCGCCCGGCGGACGAGGGCGGAGCUCCCUGCCCGCAUCUAGUAGGUGGAGAACCCUGCGCGCCUCACACGUACUCUUGGCACGUAGCUCCCUGGGAUGACUGCCAACCUCUCGGUGGGUCCCCGUGUGGCGAAGGAACAAAGAGAAGAUCUGUUCGAUGCUUGCGCAGUGACGGAGUAUUUGUUAAUGACACAUUCUGUCCUAAUGCAACUGCGACGGAGGCGCGUGAGUCGUGGUGCUAUGUGCCGUGCGGCGUGGACUGUGAACUUGGCGAGUGGAGCGCCUGGGACACGGCCGCCUGCGCUUGCGGCGACGCAACCUUCGCAAGACACAUGCGACGCACUAGACAACGUCUGACUGCUGCGGUGUGGCCAGGACGUGCGUGUCCGCCGACCGAGCAGCGAGCGCCAUGCCCACGCGAGCCCUGCCUGCGACUCAUCGCAAGACCUUCGCUCGGCUGUCAUGUCCAGACGUCAACCGGAGAGGAAGCGGACAACGCAUGCGGCUGGGGCGUGAAGGUGUCGCAUGCACGCUGCGAACUGGGCGGUGCAGGGGACACCGUAGAAGCGUACCUGGAGCCCUGGCGCUGCGCCACCGCACUGCCCGGCCGCAUUACUGCUCCACCGAUGCACUAUCAAGAGGACGAGACGUGUGAGGUGGAGUGCGGCUGCAAGGAGUCUGAGUUGGGUCAACCGGGGCCGUGGGGCGCGUGGGGCCCGUGCCGCGGCGGAUCGCGCUCGCGCACGCGCCAGCUGCUCGUGCCGCCAUCUAGACCCUGCAGGACAUCUUCUAGAUACGUAACAAUCGAGUGGGCGAACUGCACCGGAUCUCCCGACGAGAUCUCUGACCUGUUAUCCGCAGACCGGGAGGAGAAGCCGCGCCGCGCCUGGAUGGACCGCACCAGCUACCACGACGGAUACAUUGAGGGCAGCGGGUCAGUACUGCUGGCCGUGUGGGUGGCGAGUAUGGUGUUGCUCUCUUGCGGCACCUAUAUGUUCUAUCGCGGUUUAGUGAGGUGCAUGAAAAGACUGGAUUCGAAGAGCAUCGCGAAGGUGUAAUUGCAGUAUUCGACAUGUGGUAGCUUUCCUGAAUCCGCGCCAUCACCAUCGCUGGCUGAAUAUCCUCAAUACAUAUGAAAAUGCCAAGGAUUUCGUUAUGUUAUUGUAUUUGUAAUAUUUAUGUUGUUUUAUCAGUCAAGUUUUUUAUGAAAUUUUUG